AAGGCAGAAGCAAAGGAAGGGUCCGAAUCUGAAAGCAGUGGAAGGGGAAGGAGAAGAGAAGGCAACUGAAGAAGAUGAUCGUGUGUGUGGCCGUCGUAGGUCAUCAGAACAACCCCGUCUUCCUUCAGAGCUUCACCGACUCCGAUGACGCCCUCAAGCUCCACCACAUCGUCCAUUGCUCCCUCGAUGUCAUCGACGAGCGAGUGAAUAAUCCAAAGAAAAGUGGGCCAACUUUGAAUGACACUUUCCUUGGUGUUCUAUAUCCAAUGGAUGAUUGCAAAGUAUAUGGAUAUCUGACCAAUACCAAUGUGAAGUUCAUUAUGGUCACAACCGACACGGAUCUUAAAGACGGAGACCUCAGGAGUUUUUUCAAGGAUCUCCAUUCGGCUUACGUCGAUGCCGUCUCCAAUCCAUUUCAUAUACCUGGAAAGAAGAUAACCUCCAAGUCAUUUGCCGAAAGAGUUAGCAGCAUUGUCAAGUCCUUCAGGUCUGGCAACAUUUCAUGAACACUCUUGCUGUCCUCUGUCUUCUCCAUCAGUUUUGAUCAGUGAGAACUAUUAAAUGAUUUAAUAGAAAACAUAUUUCAAGGUCUAAUAAAAUUAUUCUUCAAUAAAGAAUUAUUAUUUCUUCGCUGUUUUCUUGAUUAUUUUUUCAAGAUAAUGUCCAUCUUUAUUUCCAAAUUCUUUGCAGUAUUUAAAACGUUGUACACAUUAAA